CUCGGCUCGGUCCUUAGGAGAAGGACUCAGCCGCGGCUGCGGGACCCGGGCACCGGGAGGCGGUGGCGCCGGCGGCGGCGGCGGCGGUGGCAGCGGCGACAGCAGAGGAGAAAGAGGAGGAAAAAGGAGAGAAGACGAGCCAGGCGGAGGAGUCCGCAACAACAACCGCGGGGACUGCGGGACCGGGGUAAAGCGACGGCGGCGGCGGUGGCGGCGACGACGACGACGACGACGGCCCAGCAACCGUGAGGAGAAAACAAAAGCCUUCUAAAUUAUAGUUAAAAAAAAAUCUCGGGGGAAAAAGAGAGAGCUAAGGGGUUGAGGCCCUUCUCCGUUAGGAUAACUACACUAGCGGGUUUUUCCUUUUUUUUCCUCUUUCUCGGGCGCCCCCCCCCCCCUGCGGAGAAUCGAACUGAGAGAACCGAACAAACCGCCCCUGGGUCCCAUGAGGGAAAAAAACCCCGGAGCCGCCGAGAGGGGAAGAGGCCGAAACCGCAGGACCUUCCAGGUCGCCCCCUUGGUCCCCGCACGCCCGGGCCGCCGGCUCGUCCUCGUCGAGUCUCGCUAACCCUUCCCGAUCGCGACCCCCCUCCGAGGGAGGAGAAACGGGUGUCUCCGGCCCGUUUCAUGGGGGAGAGGAAGCCGCGGGGGAGCCCAGGAGCAGCGACCGCGGCAAGACCUGCACCCGGAGCCUCAGGACCAGCCCCCGAGGCCGAAGCUGCAGCCCGCGCAGGAGCAGGACCGCGACCCGGAACGGCCGGACCCCCCCUGCGAUCGCCUUCCCAUUAGUCAAUGCCGAUCGCCUCGCCCGCAGCCGGGAACCCACCUCCCGCCCCAGAUAGUCUAAUAUAAUCUAUCUAUCUAUAUAUAAAUAUAUAAUAUAUAAUGUUCUUAAAUUAUUCCUGAUUUUUUUAACCAAGCUGCCAAGAAAAGAACGUAUUCUCCCCUUUAGCCCUGUUCUAAUUUCUACGUGAGUGAAUCUAAACUGCUGAGGAAGACCGUCUGUGAUUGUUAAAUUAUAUAUAUAUAUAUUUUUACUCCGCGCAAUGCUUAUUCUUCUACGUGUAUAGAUGCUUGAGGAGCUGUGUUUUUGUCAUUCAUGUACAUUUUCCUUUGGAAAAAGAAAGCGCCUAUUUUACUAACCAAAGACUUGAUUUUUUACCCUCUUCGUUUUUAUUCCCUCCUAGAAAUAAGCCCAGUUGGAUUCAUGUCAAUGUUUUAAGAGAUUUUGAUUUUUCAGUUUUUUUUUUUUCCCCUUUCAGAGACCAGAAUUCCAAAUCAGAACUAUUUAGGGUGAUAAGCUGCGAUCUUUGAGCUAGCUAUAAAUAAGACAUUUCAAACAGACAUAUUUGGGGUAGAGGAUACAAAGGCGUGAGACAUCAGGUUGUCAUUUUUUUUUUUUUAUUGUAAGAUUCUGCUCCUAAAAAUAAUAAAUGGGGGAUUACGGGUUUGGAGUGCUAGUGCAAAGCAACACUGGGAAUAAAUCUGCUUUUCCAGUCCGGUUCCAUCCGCACCUGCAGCCUCCACACCAUCACCAAAAUGCCACCCCCAGCCCUGCUGCUUUUAUAAAUAAUAACACAGCUGCCAAUGGCAGCAGCGCCGGCUCAGCCUGGCUCUUCCCUGCUCCUGCCGCCCACAACAUUCAGGAUGAGAUCUUGGGGUCAGAGAAAGCAAAAAGUCAGCAACAGGAACAGCAAGACCCUCUGGACAAGCAGCAGCUCUCCCCCAGCCCAGGCCAGGAAGCUGGAAUACUGCCCGAGACCGAGAAGGCAAAAUCGGAGGAAAAUCAGGGGGACAGCUCUUCGGAAAACGGCAACGGGAAGGAGAAAAUCCGAAUCGAGUCACCAGUGUUGACAGGGUUUGAUUACCAGGAGGCCGCGGGGCUGGGCACUUCCACCCAGACCCUGACGUCCAGUGCGUCCUCGCUCACCGGCUUCAGUAACUGGUCGGCCGCCAUCGCGCCUUCCUCCUCGACGAUCAUCAACGAAGAUGCCAGUUUCUUUCACCAGGGAGGGGUCCCAGCUGCUUCAGCUAAUAACGGUGCUCUGUUGUUUCAAAAUUUCCCCCACCACGUCAGCCCUGGCUUCGGAGGCAGCUUCUCCCCUCAGAUCGGGCCUCUCUCACAGCACCACCCUCAUCAUCCUCACUUCCAGCACCAUCACAGCCAGCAUCAGCAGCAGAGGAGGUCUCCUGCCAGUCCCCACCCGCCACCCUUCACACACAGAAAUGCUGCUUUCAACCAGCUGCCGCAUUUGGCGAAUAAUCUCAACAAGCCCCCCUCUCCAUGGAGCAGCUACCAGAGCCCCUCUCCGACACCGUCGUCUUCCUGGAGCCCAGGAGGCGGUGGGUAUGGUGGCUGGGGAGGUUCCCAAGGCCGCGACCACCGCAGGGGGCUGAAUGGGGGAAUAACGCCCCUGAACUCCAUCUCACCUCUGAAGAAAAAUUUUGCAAGCAAUCAUAUUCAGCUGCAGAAGUACGCCCGCCCCAGCUCUGCCUUUGCUCCUAAGUCCUGGAUGGAGGAUAGCCUGAACAGGGCUGACAACAUUUUUCCUUUUCCGGAGCGCCCCAGGACCUUCGACAUGCACUCCCUGGAGAGCUCCCUCAUUGACAUCAUGAGAGCUGAAAACGACUCGAUCAAAGGUCGUCUAAACUAUUCCUAUCCAGGAUCCGAUAGCUCUCUGCUUAUUAAUGCAAGGACAUAUGGGCGAAGGAGAGGUCAGUCUUCGCUGUUUCCGAUGGAAGAUGGAUUCUUGGAUGACGGCCGUGGGGAUCAACCUCUUCACAGUGGCCUGGGCUCACCUCACUGCUUCACUCACCAGAACGGAGAGAGAGUAGAGCGAUAUUCUCGCAAGGUGUUCGUGGGCGGACUGCCUCCGGACAUCGAUGAAGACGAGAUCACAGCCAGUUUUCGUCGCUUUGGCCCGCUGAUUGUGGACUGGCCGCACAAGGCGGAGAGCAAGUCCUACUUCCCCCCCAAAGGCUAUGCAUUCCUGCUCUUUCAAGACGAAAGCUCUGUCCAGGCCCUCAUUGAUGCUUGCAUCGAAGAAGACGGAAAACUCUACCUGUGUGUCUCCAGCCCCACCAUCAAAGACAAGCCAGUGCAGAUCCGGCCUUGGAACCUCAGCGACAGCGACUUCGUGAUGGACGGCUCGCAGCCCCUCGACCCACGGAAAACUAUAUUUGUCGGCGGCGUUCCUCGACCGCUGCGAGCUGUGGAACUUGCCAUGAUAAUGGACCGGCUGUACGGAGGCGUGUGCUACGCUGGGAUUGACACCGACCCCGAGCUGAAGUACCCGAAGGGGGCCGGGCGGGUCGCGUUCUCCAACCAGCAGAGCUACAUAGCUGCUAUCAGCGCCCGCUUCGUCCAGCUGCAGCACGGAGAGAUAGAUAAACGGGUGGAAGUCAAGCCAUACGUGUUGGACGACCAGCUGUGCGACGAGUGCCAGGGCGCGCGCUGCGGGGGCAAGUUCGCGCCCUUCUUCUGCGCCAACGUCACCUGUCUGCAGUACUACUGCGAGUACUGCUGGGCCGCCAUCCACUCGCGCGCCGGCAGGGAGUUCCACAAGCCGCUGGUGAAGGAGGGCGGCGACCGCCCUCGGCACAUUUCAUUCCGCUGGAACUGAAGGAGGGCCGCCGCAGCGCUCACUUUCAGGCCGCGGGAUGAGCGCGCUCUUCUGUCCACUUGGCCCCUUGCUCAGCCCCUUCGCGCCGGCCUGCCCUGUGUAGCGUCUGGAACUCGCCAGUCGCCCAGUCGCGUGGCGGAGAGAACGGCCUACGCCGGAGGGGUCUGCAGACUCUGCGUCACCGACAACGGUGCGGGCGAGCUCCCGGCUCGCGUCGCCACCGUGUGGCCGGGAAGUUUCAUCCCCUUGUUUUGCUGGAGAGCAAGGGGAUCCAAACUUCCUGCGGCAUUUUCGUAGAGGAGAGAGAGAAAUAUGAAGAGAGAAAUGAAACAAUAGAGUAUUUUGGGUUUUUAAUUAAAUUAUUGUUAAUAAUAUAUAAGAAUACUUUUAUUAAAAUAACCAUGCAACAAUAACACUAUCCGUCUAUCCUGACACAGUUUGUCCCCAGGGAGACGCUUCUGCCUUUUUCUUUCGUUCCUUUCACCUUGGUUGCCUCUGUUUCCAUCCCCUUUGUAUUCUUUUAACAGCAGUGGAGGAAGUUGACGAUCACUAACAGGACAGAGUCCGUGAAGGCAAACGCAAUGGCCUGAGCAAGACGAAGCAGCAUUAUCACUAACUCGGAGGGUUCAGAGGCCGGACGUCCUUUCGUGCCGCCUCAGAGUUACUUCCACAUCAGAAACGGAGGAGUCGCGUUGGCAGAGCUAGGUGUAUUUUCUUUUAAACAAGUUGUACAAUUUAGAAUGUAAAAAUGGGGGAAAUUUACUACUGAGGGGAGUGCACCUAUUUAUUUUUAAACUUAGUUAUCUGGUCACAGCCCCAGGAAACCUACCAAAGCUAGAGUUAACGACAACUGGUGGGAAAACUAGCAUUUCCUCUCCUGAAGAUCUAAUGUAUAAAUUUUAUUUUUGAUGUUCUGUAUAAACUCUAUAUCCUAAUUUUCUAACGCUCAUCGGGUGUCAGCCUUUGCUCUCCAUUUUGACGUCAAGAAAACAAACACAGUGGAUCUAGAGACACCGCCAGGGUGUCGCUUCUGGCUGCGUUGUACAGAGCGCUUGUAGCCAAAACUGGAAGACAAAAUCAAUCUACAAAUUGGCUGCUGAUGGGCUGCUGAUUGGCUUCCUUUUAGACUUAAAGUUACUUUGGGUAUCCUGUAAUUUAGUUGUAACAUAGAAAAUGGGGAAAAAGUUUUAAAAAAGUUAAGUAGUUGCAAAGUGUUUUGCACUGUUGAACUAAGUAACUGUGUAGAUCUGUGCAAAGAUACGUAUGUUUAUCUUACUCUUCCUAUAAAAUAAAAUAACAUUGCAGUUUCAGAACUUAGCAUGGGACAUAGUCAGUGUUUGAAGUGCCAACUUCAUCCAGUAAUGCAUGCUUUAUUAUAAAUAAAAUCUAGCUUUGAAAGGCGUUAUUAUGUGUUGAACAGUAUGCUUCAGGGGUAAAUUUAAAAUAGUCUCUUGAAGCCCUGGUCAUGGAAGUAACUUUUAUUUUAAUUGACUUUAUCUUAUUAAAUGCCCGAUCCACCAUUACGAGGAUUAUUAUCGGUGUGCAAAACAUUGUUUAAGUAGAUCUAACGGCAAUCUUGCUAGUCGUGCUACCUGACAGUACCAUCUCGGAUCCUUCAAAACCAAAGACUUGCCCCAGCGCUGUGGUGGAACCACCUGGCUGACGCCCCCUACUGGUUAUCUUGAGGAAAAGCAGUCCUUUAUUUUUAAUACGGGCUUUAAUGAACUGUAUACCUGUGAAGUUCCAAAGGUCAAAAUGGAGACAUUUGCUGUCUGACAGUGCAGCCUAGAGCGGGAGCUGCUUUCCGAGAAUUCCCUGCAAAUGUUGAAAGCGGUCAUGCGGAGGGAGGGUGCUCUUGUGUGGCUGGUCAGGGACUUUCUUUCUUUUCUCCUGAACUACAUGAUUCCACGUGGAAUGUUCAUUCGCCUCUUUCUUCUUUCAGACGCUUGUAGGUGGCUUGGGGUGUGCUCUUGUGCUGUUCCUACUCAGUAAACAGGUGUGACGAGCUAACGAGAAAUAACGCUGCUCGAGAACUAGCUUUGAAUAAUGAUUUUCCCCUUUGUACAUGACCUGCUGAAUUUCGGUACAGUGUUUUGUAGCUGACUUAUUUCGUCAUGCACAUAAUGUGUAUUUGUCAUGCACUACUUUUGUAUAUCUUGUUUUUCCAGCAGUGAGCAUUUUUAGGCACACUUUUCACUGACGGGAUAUCUCUUUAUGCAAUACCUCAAUUUUUCAUAUUGCAAAGAGUAGCUUUUUGUACUUUUAUUACUGAGAGAUCUUCAUAUACUUCAUUUUUUAAUAUAAAUAAUUUUAAUAAAUUUUAUUUUCUUAUAUUCUGCUUUUUAUACAUUUCAGUGCUCUGCAUACAUUGUAAACUAUGAAUGUCGUGCACUGGCGAUGCCGUCGUAGCGUCUGCAGAGGAGAGAAAGCAUGUCGCUCUAACGUCCUUCCCCCGCACCGGCCGCCGGUGCGCCUAGGAUUUAAGGAGUAGUCUAUGUGACGUCACAAAUUAACGAAACAAAUUCGCAUGAAAAUGACAGAUAACACUGUAGUUCCUCAAAAAAAAAAUUAAAUGCCUAAGCAUAUGUUAGAAAUUUAAAAUAACAAAAAUUGUCUACAGCUUCUUACUGAGUUUUUAAAAUUAUUCAUAACGCAGACAUUUUUGGUGAAUGUGUAGCCAUUUUUAAUAUUAAUAAAUUGAUGUUAAGUGUUUGAUUCAGAGAUGUCUGCCCUUUUAAAUUAUAUAUAAGGAAAGAAUAAAACAGCCUGCCGUGGGGCGGGCACGUAAUGUUAGUGUGCAUGACUAAUGUAAGAAACCGCUAUUCUACUAACACUUCCUUGUGAUUGUGUGACAAGUGUGUUUACAGAUUAUUUGGUUACACUUCAAUUUACAGGGCAUAAACAAUUAUUAUCUAUUACUCUGAACUUUAUUGAUUACAUGUCCUUCAGAUUACAUGGGAUUGUAGUUGGGAGUUACCAUGUAACUCAAAACAUAAUUAACAUGUAAUUAGUUUACAGAUUUUAGGGUAUCACUUCAAUUUACCAAGCAUGUAGUUGUAGCGCACUUAGCAUGGCACCAGCCAUGUACUUACAAUGUAGUUACAGAGUAAUUACAUGGUUAUUUUUGCAAUGUAAAAUAAAGUGUUUCUGAUUAUUUUCUAUGUAAAGGAGCCCCCCCGCCCCCUCUGGUCCCCACGCUUUGGUAUAAUCUAUCUACUUCUCCAUACACAGACCUCUGCAGAAUGCAAAAUAAAACUUGCAGUGAGUGAAUUAGCAUUUUUUGAGAGUGCUGUUGGAAAGACUUGAUAAUUCGCCCCUUUUGUUUUGAAGAGUUGAAUCUUCUGUUAAAAGGUGAUUUGAAACUUGAAUGUGAUGAAUUGUGGCAAGUUAACUUCACAUUAUGUGCAAUACUUAUUUCAAACCUUUGGAAGAUCUUUGCAGUGUAAUUCUUUGUUUUUAAUUGCAGACAUUUAAAAAUGUCAUUUUCUACUGUUAAGAGUAAUCCUCUUUCUUGCUGGUGUUUCUAAAGAAAAGAAUCAGAAAUCAAUCUUUCUACUAAUGUAAAUUUGAGAUUAUUUUUAAAAAUGGAAUAAAAGAGGUUUUGGUCAUUUGCUUUAUUUUAUUAUCUUAUUUUAAAGCUACUGUGAUUGAUAGCAUUGUAAGAAUCGGGACAAUAUUGUAUUCAACUGUUUUAUUUUUUAUAUUUUUAAAAUUUAAAGUAUAAUUAGUUUUUAUAAUUUGCAUCAGAUUUUUGUUAUAUUUUUUGGAAGUGAAACUUUUAGCAAGUGGGUGUCUAGUUUUUACUAAUCCCUAAUGUUUUUUUCCCCAGUGUAUUGCUCAUCUUUUCAGAAGGAAAAGUUAUUUAAGUAUGUCAGUUAAUUGUACUACUUGGCUGAAUUUCCAUAUAGUUUUUACUGUGUAUGGGGAGGUUGUAGUAUUUAUUAUAGCAUUUUAAAUAAGGGUAAUUCAUUUUUUAUUAAAGUCAUUUUCACGUUAAGUUCUUAUUUUUGUAUGUUCUACUCUUAAGUUAUAUAACACAGUUCCUUUUUUAAAAGAGUUCAUUUGUUGAAGUGCUAGUGGAAAAAUUAAUGUUAUUAAAUAGUUUGCAAAUGACUAUUUAUACCAGUAUGCAUAUAAUUUUUAAAUAUUUGUAAUGUGAGAUGUUGAAUGAAUAAAACUUUUAACUCAG